GAGCCGGAGCGGGAGCCGGCGCGGAGCGGGACGCCGCGUCCCGAGCGGCCGGCGGCCGGAGCUCACCCCCGCCCCUCCCUCCUCUCCUCCGGCGGCGGCGGCGGCGGCGGGCGGAGUGAGCUGCGGAGCCUGGAAUAUGGUCGGGGAAAUGGAAACGAAGGAGAAGCCGAAGCCCACCCCAGAUUACUUGAUGCAGCUGAUGAACGACAAGAAGCUCAUGAGCAGCCUGCCCAACUUCUGCGGGAUCUUCAACCACCUCGAGCGGCUGCUGGACGAAGAAAUUAGCAGAGUACGGAAAGACAUGUACAAUGACACAUUAAAUGGCAGUACAGAAAAAAGGAGUGCAGAAUUGCCUGAUGCUGUGGGACCUAUUGUUCAGUUACAAGAGAAACUUUAUGUGCCUGUAAAAGAAUACCCAGAUUUUAAUUUUGUUGGGAGAAUCCUUGGACCUAGAGGACUUACAGCUAAACAACUUGAAGCAGAAACAGGAUGUAAAAUAAUGGUCCGAGGCAAAGGCUCAAUGAGGGAUAAAAAGAAGGAGGAGCAAAAUAGAGGCAAGCCCAAUUGGGAGCAUCUAAAUGAAGAUUUACAUGUACUAAUCACUGUGGAAGAUGCUCAGAACAGAGCAGAAAUCAAGCUGAAGAGGGCAGUUGAAGAAGUGAAGAAGUUACUGGUACCUGCAGCUGAAGGAGAAGACAGCCUGAAGAAGAUGCAGCUGAUGGAGCUUGCAAUUCUGAAUGGUACCUACAGAGACGCCAACAUUAAAUCACCAGCCCUUGCCUUUUCUCUUGCAGCAACUGCCCAGGCUGCUCCAAGGAUCAUCACUGGGCCUGCGCCUGUCCUCCCACCAGCUGCUCUGCGUACACCUACGCCAGCUGGCCCUACCAUAAUGCCUUUGAUCAGACAAAUACAGACCGCUGUCAUGCCAAACGGAACUCCUCACCCAACUGCUGCAAUAGUCCCUCCAGGGCCUGAAGCUGGGUUAAUCUACACACCCUAUGAAUACCCCUACACGUUGGCACCAGCUACAUCAAUCCUUGAGUACCCUAUUGAACCCAGUGGUGUGUUAGGUGCGGUGGCUACUAAAGUUCGAAGGCACGAUAUGCGUGUCCAUCCUUACCAAAGGAUUGUGACCGCAGACCGAGCCGCCACCGGCAACUAACCUAUGACCUUCUGACCUCUGAACUCUUCACCCAAUGAUGACCUGACCAUGCCUGCCUGCUGAUCAGUUAACUGGUAAUCGCCUUUGCUUGCCUGUCGUCAGUGCAGCGAGCUGAGGCACUUGUCCGUUCGUCUUACCAUCUAACCAAACAAAAGACAAAGAAAUUGUCCUCCAACUCAGCUUUUCCCCCCCUGUUUGGGUGAAAGUGGUUCUAGAACCUGCACUGAAUAGUAGUAAAGCAAUAAGGCCCGAUUCAUCCCACAGCACUGAUCAUCUUUCAAUGCCCCACCCCAAGCGAACGGUAAGAAGGCCUCUCUUAAGAAAGGGAGACAGAUGGCCCUAACUACUCAAUGACAGAGGCAGUUACUGUGAGAGACUUGUAGGAAUCUUUUUCUUCUCAUAGCGAAGUCAAAGCUCUCUCUGAAUGUACUGUGUGACAAUGCAUCAUGCAUGAACCUUCGGUCAGGGAUGUCAUUGGUGAAGUGACUUCAAAAGUAUUCAAAAUUUGACAUGCUGUUUGUUUAGUCACUACAGUGCCCUCAAAGGGCAGAAAUUGCAGCCUUUUUUAUAUUGCCUGCCAAAAUUUGAAGUAUUAGAACAAAGUGUGCCAUGAGAGAAAACUUACCAAGGAGUUUUGAAAAGUAAUGCAAAGAACAAAACUGCGACACUAUUUUUAAAAAGUUGAGUAUCUGAGUUAAAAUUUCCAAAUCUUUAUUUUACACCACCUUAAAAAUUGUACGAGAACAAGGUACAUGCAUUAUGUGUCACAUUACUGGGCAAACUGUUCAAAUAUUUUUUUUAAAACCUCCCUGUAUAGAGAAUAUCAUUAAGGAUGUAAAAGCCAUGCUUGCCUAUUUGCUGUAUACAUGUAAUGAAAUUGUAGAUAAAGUGUAGUGCAUUGAAACAAAUGAACAAAAAGUAGAUACUUUUACUAUACAAGGGUGCUGGUGCAGAAAAAAAUAUAUAUAUUUUUGGAAAUGUAGCAUUUUAUACUUUCAAGUGUUAUAAAAAAAAAGAAAAAGAACAAAGAAACCCUUUAUUUCGUUAAAUGAUUUUUUCUGGUGGUUGUCAAGAAACAAAAGACCAAAAGAGCCUUUUUGUCUUUCUUUUUUAUUUUUUAAGUAUUGGAAUAAGUCUAAAGAAAAAGAAAGUGCCUUAUUUUCCUUCAUGCUCAUUUAGUCAAGUGUCCUGUAAGAUCAGCUCCUCCCUCAGAAUAAAAGUUAAUGCAUGUUCCUCAGUCGCCCAGUAUGUGAAAGGAGAUAUGAGGGGAGACAAAUGAGUUGAUGGUCUAAAUUAUAUGAUUUGUGUCAUGUUAUCUUGAUGCCAAUUUGCCAAAUCUGAUACUGUGAAAAAAAAAUUUGAUAGCUUUUCUAAUGUCUGACUAGUAAAUUUUAAAAUGUCAUUCUUUUACAAAUCAUAAUUGAGUACUUUCGGUUAUUGCUGUCUUCAGUGUUUGCCCAAAGGAUUCUGAGGUUUUAAAAAAAAAUUAUGUGAGAUCUGAACAUCAGUUUACAGACAAAAUUAAAUUAGAGCUUUAUUUUAUUUGGAGAAGAGGGAUAUAAUGGAUUUUUUUUCUUAUUAAUUGGAAAUUAGUAAUGCCUAACAAACUUUUUCACAAAAAAUGAAUCUUCGAAAUUGUUUAUUGUGGAAAAAGUGUUAAGUAGCCACAAUUUAGUAAGUGGUGUGGAAAGCUAACAUCACAGUGCAUACAAACGCUCAGCUACAUUCCUUUUCAUCUUCAGUUUCUCUCAUGAAGUUCAAACAGUUUUGUAGUUGAAGCAGUUUGUAUGCAAAGCCUACAUCUAAACACUUGAGUUAAUAAGUCAUUAACCGCUCAGUACCAGACAUGGCAAAUCUCAAGUGAUGGUGGACUCCUGGCUCAUCAACUCAUGCCUCUUCCAUACCCUCCUGGCUUCACAGUCAAGGUCAGCAGGAAAGCUCAUUGCUCACCUUCAUGGUGACCUCUCCAUUAUUCUGUCUCAACUUGGAACCAUUUUCAGUUUAUUUACUAUGCAAUAGACAGUCCUUGUGUUGUACUCAGCUUUGGUUUAAUGUACCACUGCUUUGUCUUUCUGUUAGACAUGUGGUGGUUUUGAUUUAUUUACUAUAUAUGCUGUGCCAUUUUGAUUUUUAUUUUGUUUGGUUGGUUGAAUAAAUUUGCGACACUCAGAACACUUGAGGUGAUAGUAAAAAACACAGUACCAGUAUUUGAUCCAGCCUCAUCUCAGCUGUGUUAUACCUGGACAUUUUAGAUGUUUAUCAAAGGUCUUUUAUGGGGAAGAAAGUAAAUGUGUAAAACAAUAGACGUGUGACGUUUAUGAGUAAUACUGGCUCUGAACAAACUUUUGAAAACUUAGUUGACAGUGUUUUGAGUCAACUGAAAAAAAGCAUGACUUUUGGAAUCUCUGAAUGCCUUGGUUCUCAGUAUUAUCACUCUAUUGAAUUUUUUUCUUAUUAAAGUAUGUAGUUUUUAAGACUCUUUUCCUGACAGUAUUAUGUAAUUUUUUAGCGUGGGUAGAUGGGAGUGUCGCUUGUAUGUGACCAUACAGCUGACAUGUAUUUUUUGUCUAUUCUUUAUUAUCUUAGUAGUUUCAUGCUAUGUAUGUACCAUAACCAACCUAUUGCCUAUGAGAAACAUGUAAGAUAAUGUAUUUACAGCCAUUGUUACAAGUUUAUAAUGUAUUUUUCUAUCUUGUUUUAUAUGUAUGUUAUAUAACAUUCAAAAGAAUUUUUUUCUUGAUUGAGAAAAGGAUACAAAAUGCAAAAUCCACAAUUUUGAUAACUGAAAAUUGCCAAUUGUUUUGCAGUACUUUAUUAUAUUGGGUGUCUUGUCUUUCUUGAGCUUUUAGUUAGCUGAUGAAUGAAUACAUUAGACACUUCUGGGUUUUAGUUGGGAUUUUACAUAGCUUGCAUUUUAAUUCUUUGGUUCUUUGCUGUUUCUAUUAACCCAUAGCAUUAUUUUAAUAAAUGUUAUAAUACCAACCUACUAACUCUGGACUGUGUCUGUUUAUUAACCUUUACGUGUUUAAUGAAAAUAAACAGAGAUAAAUAAAGUCUUGAGUUCCUGGACUAACACUGAAGAAGGUGACCACAUAUAACAUAGUGUGACUUGUUUUCUAUGUUGUUUGUCAGCUGACAGUUGUGCACUGCUAAAAUGGCUUUGGGUACUCUGGCCUUUCGCCUUGGAUAGUAGGUGCUAGUGGAGAUGGGACAAAACAGCAUCUGUUUGAGUCACUCUCCUAGUCAGGCCAUUGGCCUUUCAACAUCUGCGUUACUAAUUCCACACUUUAUUUUUUCUGCUCCAGAAUAAUCCCUCUUUACUCACAGCAUAAAGAGUCAAGAGAUUUACUGCAAUAUACCCUGAGAAACCAGUUUGAUUCGCUGUUGAACCGUUUAUCUUAAUUUGUAACAACAGGUUAUUUUUGGCCACACAUAGUUAUGAGUCAAUUGAUAUUUUCCCUGUGUUGUUUGACCAGCAGCUCCUAUUAGAGUUGAAUUAAGUCUGCUUCUCUACACUGUGCAGCCCAGUCCUAUCUCUACCCAUCUUUACCCGUCAGUGUAUGAGCUCUUCUUAGGAAGUUUGUCCCGUAUCCACCUUCAGAGCCGCCUAGGCAACUACACAAGAAGCAUGGCAGACAGGAACACUGUCAUUUGACGUGUGUGUGGUUAAUUUCUAGCAUCUAAGUAAGGCUAAUUUAAUAUAUCUAAGAUUCUUUGCUGUCCCGUGCUUCACUUGGCUGCACUCUGUAGAGGAAAUUCUUCUUUAGCACGUAAGUCCAUUGUUGUGUGAUAGAUUCAUAAUUACCUUGUCUGUGGAGGAAAAAACAAAAACCCUCUUAGAAUGAACUUUGCUUUUGUAAGUAAUGCUUUAUAUUUUUAAAUUGUGCUUCAGAAUCCUUAAAAUUAAGGCCUGAGUUAUAUCUUUGUGAAAGGAUACAGUUAUAUUAUUUUGUGCAUACAUGACACUCAGAGUAGUGAGACUAGUUUAAUUAUCUUUGAUCAUUUUUAGUCCUGUACACAUGAAGUAAUUUGAUAAGAGGGAGAAGAUCACAUAGUAUCGUUGGGUAGACAAGUUCCCACUGCCAUAACAAGUAUGUUUAGUGCUCUAUGGGCAUUUUUAAGAUGCUGUCAUUCUGUUGCUGCACGAAAACUCCCAUGGUAAUUUGUCACAACUGUUGAUAAAAAACUGUAUAGUUCUAUAUAGUUUCAUAAUCUCUGAAUUCUGUGCAUGCAGUCUUGUCCCAUUUUCAGUGAGGGUACUUCCUAUUGAAAAUGUUCAAUGACAGUUUUACAUGGUGCAGAUAGCAUUACAAGCCAUAUAUUUAUAUAAGUGCAAUAAUAUUAGACAGCCAAAUUAUUGGGAUGGGAAAGUUCUAGUGUCAUUUUAUUAGUUGAUGCUAUUUGAUGAAAUGGUUAUGUGUUUUCCUUCAAAAGGCUGGGGUAAUAUUAAUGUACUCAAUAAAGCAUUUUUUUUCUUUAGGUAAGAUAUCUAGGGAAACAUGAAAAUUAAAUUCACAUCAUUGUAGUGCAGCAUCUUCAUGUAUGUAUGAGGGAGUUGUUGAAAUGGCCCUGUCUAUUUAAAAAAAGUUUGUGUGCACAUGAGAGGUAUUUGGUUAAAGUUUUCUACUUCAUUGAUGGGUAAAAGCAUAUGGUGUGUGUGUGCAUGUUUGUGUGCUCCCACAAGCACCCGCAUGCAACAAAAACAAAUGACAAUUAUAAGUAAAAUUGCUGGUUGUGAUUGAACUUCCUAACCGAGAACAUUUCACCAAUGAAAUGUUUUGUGACAGGUGUGUGUGUGUGUGUGUGUGUGUGUGUGUGUGUGUGUGUGUGUUGGGGGUAUUGUGUGCUUGUGUCACUGGAAUGGGAUACCUGGCUAUUUCUUGAUGACAGUUGUUACAGUGGUCUUAGCUUGUGAUUUUUCAUGGUAGAAUGAAACAUGCUGCCAAAUUAUCCAUUAAGCAAAACUUACUCUCUGAAAACUUCUUGGUCUCUGACACUUUUAAAGUAUAUAGGAUGCUGUACUUAAUUGUCACAAAUCAUCUAAUCCCUUUAAAGUGGGACUAAUAGCUUAACCAAUUAAUAGACAUACCAUUUUAGAAAUAUACAUGUUACUUGUAAUAUCUGGUUUCUUCUAUAUAAAGUUACCUAAAUUGAAUUGUCUUUAUUUUAAAGAGACUUGAUAAAAGUAUGUAUAGCUGGUGCUCAAUGCUGAAUCAAACUGGUUACACUGAAGCACAAUACACUCCUUUCUUUGUUUCUGCUGCACUAAUUGCCAGGGAUUGGGAGAGGAGGAGCAGCAACUAAUCAUGGUAGGUAGAUGUGGGUGGUGGUUGCUGUGAAUUUUGACUGGAGAAAUUGAAGUUCACAUUACUUGAAGUUCGUUGUCCCCUGAAGAGAUACCAGCCAGCAUUGGGACAGUCUCAGCACCAGGGUAAAAGUUCAUUUACAUCUCUUUAAAGGUUGUAUUAUUAACAAAAUUUUGAGCCACAUAUAUUUCUUGUGGGUUAUAUUAUAUUCGUAUGUAUAAGAAUCUUGAACUUGUAGAAAUUGUAUAUAUAUGAAUAGAUAUACAUGUUUGUAUAUAUGCAUGUUUAUGCAUAUACAUUUAUGUGUAUAUUAAUAGAUGUUCCCAAAUCACACAUGAAUGGGAAACUGCAAACAACUGUAUACAAGGUACAAUAAAAGACUGGACACCAUGCAUGGCAAUCUUUACAAGCUAAAAGUGUAGCUGACCCCUGGCACAGAGAAACAGCAAAAUAAAGAGAACAUUUUAUUGAUCCUUUAAACACUACAUAGAAACUUAAAGAAUCUCACAUUAUAUGAGUUUUAGUAUUUUUACAGAUCACUGUUUAAAAGAAGGAAGGAAAUUGGUACACUUCUGUGUUGGUGCUCCUCAGGUGGUCUGUGCAUCCAAAACAUCAUGUUAAUCUUUAAGAAGCAUCGGUACAGUUUUUAGGUAGUUUUCUAAAUGUCAGACUUCUUAAAAGAAGGCUGAUAAUAUAGCUCAGUUGGUGGAGCUGCUAGCUUAGCAUGCAUUCCUAGCACAAACAAAAAACAUUGCUUGGUCUCAUCUAUUUUGUCCAAAAGACUAAGGUCCAUAGGUGGCUUGUACAAAGUGAAAAAAUUGCUAAGAUUUCUAAAUGCCAGUAGCUUGACACUAUUAAAGUUUCCUUUUUACAUCUAAAUUUCACAACUUUGUACUUUAAGCAACUUUGGUUGUUACACUUGCAAGUUCCUUUGUCUUGAGGAUAAUUCUUUUCAUUCACAUCCAAAGGCAGACUGACAACUUUGCUUUUUUUUUUUUUUUAUUUUUUUUUACAACUUUGCUUUUUUGAUAGGCAUUAAAAGUCUAAUUAGUUUUUUCACCAAAUCUUCUCUUCAAAGAUCACAUUCCUCCAGUAGUUGUAAGCUGAAAAUACAUUCUUUGUUUUCCUUGACCCUCUUCCCCCCAAAAAAAAUCUAUUGUCCCCACUCCUACUCCUUAGGGCACCUAGAGUCACAUGUGGGCUGUUGCAUGGUUUAUCCAGGUACAGGAAUAGGAUUUGUAUCUUCAGAUACUACCCUACCUUCUCAAAAAAAGGGGGUCAUACUGUACGGAUGUUAAUGUCUUCCUCUUGAAAUAAAAAUAAGGUGAAUGUC